ACAGUAGGGAAAAUGAAGGAUUUUUGCAUUACAAAACCAAGUGAUAUUGCAAAAGCUGGGACUUAGUCUCAGCUGCCCGUGUCGCUAGUUAUUAUAUUCAGCACAAUUCCACUAGUGGUGCCCGGUCUACCGAAGUAGACUCCUUCACAAGCAGACGCAGAAGACGGAAUCCGUACAUUUAAUCGGUAAAUUGAGUAAUUGUGCCGGCUGGGUUAUUGAGGCGAAGCAAUGAUUAUGAAUAUGCAGCACAUUUCGUUGCAGCACUGUUAUUGAUCUCCUAUAGUGCAAGAUCUUCCUUCAAACUAGCAGGGCCUUCACAGAUCUGCAACGCGAGGAGUCUCAAGAUUCGUUGUCUGAGCGUAAUCCUUGUACUAGGAUCACUGAAAACCUUUGCUAAUUCACCAGCAUUGCAAUUGGUAUGCUUUGACAAGUGGAGUCGCUCAUAUCAGUGCGCCGGGAGGCCUGCGGGUUAAUUAUCUACCAGAAUGUGGCAACGAGUCGAUCAGCAGGACGUUACGUGAGCGACGGAAUGCAAGCGUGGGAAGUCACCAGUUCUGUGGUUCAUCUUGAUAACAAAUCCAGGUGAAAAUUGUAGACAAAAUGGAGUCUUAUAUUGAAACUUACAUCCAGCAUCACAUGGACACGGACCUCCAGAUUGUGGAUCUUGUACAAUUCGUUUUACAAUGUGCCGAGAUUGUACGCAAAGGAGUGGAUGAAGCCGAUUCUUACAAAUCCGACUGUGGGGAAAUAAACAUUAGAGUGAUAAAGCUGGUAAAUUUGCUUAAGCAAGCUUGGCAAAAAGCCUCGAAAACCAAUGCCCCAGGUCUUUAUGAGCGGCCUACCCGACGAAUCAUGGUGGAGGUACUGAAGGUGCUAGAGCGAGCUCUGGGGCUCGUGAGGAAGUGUAAGAGGAGCGGGAUGCUCAAGAGGGUCAUGACCAUCACAACUGCUGCCGACUUUAAGAAAAUGAACCAUUGGUUGGAUAGCUCAAUUGGGGAUGUCAAAUGGGUGGUGAACAUAUCAUCCACCGGUGAUGAGCGCUCUGAAUUAGGAGGAUUACCACCCAUCGCGUCCAAUGAUCCCAUGUUGGCCCAUAUAUGGGAGCAAAUAUCCAUCGUGCACAUAGGGACGCUUGAGGAGAAAGUCGAAGGAGCAGAGUACCUGGGCAACUUGGCCAAAAGCAAUGAACGAAAUGUGAAGAUUAUCAUUGAGGAGGGAGGGGCGGGGCCGUUACUGCGGUUGCUUAAGGAGGGAAACAUUCCUGGUCAAGAUGCAGCUGCCACCGCGUUAACCUUGUUGGCGACCAAUCGGGAUCGAGUGAUGCAGUUGCGUAAGGAAGGAGCUAGCAGUGUCUUUACGCAUCUCUUGGGUAGUCAUUCCACAUCUAUGAAGGUUCAGAUUGAAGUCGCAAAGAUAGUUGCAAAAUUCGCCAUGUUGGAUUCAGAAGCUCAAACUGAACUUGCCAAUGAAGGUGCUAUCAGGUUAUUGGUGGCUCUUCUUGCGCAUCAAACCAAUACAGUGGUGGGUAUGGAGGGCCCAGCAAGCAUUCACUUAAACACAAAGACAAAUACGGUUCAAAGGACAGAUUUAGUUGUAGGGGGGAACGAUAAUGCUCAUAGAGCUGUUUCUAACUCUCAAACACCUGUAGCAACGGCAGCUUUGACAAUGAUGGAUCGUAUUAAAAGCUCCGCACCACCAAGUAUUCCAGAGAAUCACUCUUCCAGUGCCAGAAUGAAUGCACCCCUGCGACAAGGCAGCCGAGCACAACGAGACAUGGAGAGCCCAGAGGUGAUGCAUGAACUUAAGGUGGUGGUCACCGAUGCUCUCUGGAGACUGGCAGCUGGGCACGUAGGAAAUUGCAAACUCAUCACAGACACAUGUGCACUUCUCUGCUUUGCAAAGAUCAUAAAACAUAGCAAAGGUCCUUUAAAACGCAAUGCUGUUCUAGCAGUCAAGGAAAUUGCAGUUUCUGCUGGGAAUGACUCUGAGCUCCGUCGAGCCGCAUUUAAGACUAACUCGCCAUCAGCAAAAGCUGUAGUGGAACAACUCUUGCAACUUAUUGCUAGCGAGGACGAAGAUUACCCCAAACUCCAGAAAGAGUGUUGCAAAGCGAUAGGAAGUUUGGCGCGAAUUUUUCCUGCACCAGCCGAAGCUCCUAUCAAAGCGUUGACCUCAGCAUUAAUUAAGGUUGAAGCUUACCAGGAACCGGAAGUCAUAGAUGUUGCCACAGAAGCUGCUCUUGCCCUGUCAAAGUUUGCCAGCGACGAAAAUUACUUGCACCUGGAACACUCGAAAAACAUUAUCCAGGAAGGAGCGGUGGAAGGACUGGUUGUGCUUGCACUUAACUUCGGGCAUUCAGAAUCACAACUUUCUGCGCUUGAGCUGCUCUGUUACCUGGCUUUGAAUGUCCCAACCAGUGAAGUAUUAGCAGCAGCGAAAGUCGUCAACGUGUUGGGAUCUACUAUCCAUGUCAAUCACUUAUCUCAGACACUUGCGAACCAUGAGACUUCUCGACAGUUGAUUACUGAAGCCAUCUCAAAGCUGGAGCUUCAUCAGCCAGCUACAGGAAGAUACGGUGCUCCAGGACAGAGCUUGGAUCAACUCUCGUAUCUUGAGAUGGUAUGCGAAAGCUGAACAUGGUUUUGGUCAAAGCUGCCACAGCAUUGUAAAAUGUCCUGCUUGAUUUGUGGGGUUUAUACAACAGGACAGACCCCAGAAUAUAUGUCUUCCCUGGAACUAGUACAUAAAAUACUGCUACCAACAAGUUUGUGAAAAUCGUAACUCCAGGCUAGCAUUUACUCGAAGUUACCCAAAGUUAUGCAAAGUUUACUGGUUAUUAAUUGGUCUGUUGGAUUCAUGGCUACA